UAAGAGAUCGGGAUCGGAAGUCGGCACCCAAAAUGACGACCGUGUCGAAUGUUGCAGCCGCAAGGAUCCCGCGGCAUUUGCAGUUUACAUACCUUUCACAUGGACAGAGAGUGUGUAGAUACUACAAAAAGGCAUGUCGAAACUUCGAAGCAAAUGCUGGCACGUUCCUUGAUGCCAAGAUGUCCAGAAUUGAACUGAGAGCUAAACUUGAUGCUAAUAAAGAUGAGAAAGAUUACGUUAAAGCUGCAAAAAUGUUAGAAGAAGCAGAGGCAGAUAUGCUCACAAAAUGGAUUUUCCCAAAAAAGAAUUUCUCUCCUGGUGGAACAUGCUAUGGAAGAUAUAUUUAUUUCCCAGACUAUAUAGUAGAUGCAUGGCAUGGUCUAGAAAAGGCCCAGUAUCCUAAGUACUUUGCUACACGAGAAAUCAGGAAACUAGAGUACAUCCUUUGGUGGCAGAAGAAAUACGGAAUGGGGGAGGGAGCAGAGGGGGUGGGGACAGAGGAGACGACACAGAAAGAGGCAGCGCAGUAGUCAAGGCAACGCAGUAAACAAAGACAUUAUAGUUAUUGAUGCAGUGUUAUGGUGACAUGACAUUCUUGCUUUGAUUCUCUGUAUACUGUGAGAAAGUAAAGAUUUUAGUCUUUAUUUCAGUUAAAAUGUUGUAGAAAGUUAUUUAAAAACUUUUUUUUUACAAAUAUAAACUGAUCUGAUAUUGACAA